AUGCAGCAUAGUUUUUUACUUCUGGGAGGGGUGGUUCUGCUGGGUGCGAAUCUUCUAGUGCAAGGUAAGGAAACCGAAUCGGCAGCCAUAGUCGAUCAAGGCAGUGCCCAUUUCAAAGCUCAGCAGCAAUCCUGCAGUGAGUUGUGCGGGUUCUGUCCGUCCUGCAAUGGGUUCUACUGCGGGGAGGAAUGCAUCUGCGAAUGCCAACAGUAUGCUAGCGAUCAUGUCCAAUGCAUCAACAAAAUCAUGGAAAACAGCGAUAAACUGGGAUUGGUCUACGACGUUCUAAUCCAAAUGCCGAGCGGUAGUAGUAGUGGCAAUAGGGGCAGUACUGGCACCAGCAGUGCCACACGCUUCUCCCGUAGUGCAGCACCCGGAAAGCACCACAAAGUGAUGGACGCAGACGAUAUUGCCACAUUCAGGAAGGUGAUGGAGUUCAUCAGGCUGCCGGCACAGUUCGCCCAGAUCGGUUUACCGACGAACAUUCGGCUCAAGUCCCACCACACCCGUCAACAACGAAAGCGAGGCGAGAAGAAGGGUCAAUACAAACUGAAAACUUCAGAACGACAAGUCUGCGAAUACCGCUGCAACUUGGCUAACUGUGUAAACAACGAGGUUUGGCACGAGGUGGAAAUGGAUGGACCCAACGGCGACAAGAUUGUACUCCAGCAGACCCUACGGCAGCGUCCCCGGGAGAAUUUGGUGGGGUCGUUCUUUCCCAAGUUUAGUAGUACGAAUUUUUUCCGAAAGUUUCUGGACCUUUUCGUAACCAUGGGCGAACGGAGACGAGGAGAACAAGAGAACCGGAACGAGCUGGUUCGUCAGCGAUUUGAAGAGUACCGCAACAGGAUGGGACGGAUGGCGGCAGAAAGGCGAGUUGAUCGGCCGAGGGCGUAUCGUGAACGACCGGCUCCGAAGGCGAAACAUCGUAAUGAGAGGAGAGGUAGACGCAAAGCGGAACAGGUUCUGUAA